UGAACAAACCUGUUUGCAUUGCUGUACUGUACAGCGAAGCACAGAUAAGCCCUAAUUGUUAUGCAACUCCUUAGCAUAAGCUCCUGGCAUGGCUCAUAUGCUUCCCUUGUACUAAGACCGUCCAAAAUAGCAACAAGAAAGCAUGUAACUAAAGACACAGCAGGAGUGUAGGAAUUCACCCAGGCCUUGGAUGUUCUAAAGAUUGAACAAUUCCUCAUUUUAAACCUUCCAAAAUGCUAAGCAUAAUGUAUUUUCUUCGGAGCUUCUUCAAGACCCCAGAGCCAGUUGAAAACUACAUCAGUGAAGGAGAGUUUGAAGAUGAUUUGAGUUCUUCUACCCCAAGCACAAUAGAGCUGGAGAUACGUGGAUCCAGCCAAGAAACAGAUGAAGAUUAUUUUGAGACCCUCUCACAUCAGAGUGGAUCUUUGUCAGAUGUAAAAACUGAGCCUUAUGAGAGUGCAUCAGACACAGAAUCUGUUUCCAGUGAUGUAACUGGGGAAACUUGCUUGGAUUCAAACUGCCUUUCUAUCGAAAAAAAAAAAUUGUGCUGUACUCUUCCUAAAGCAAAGGCUGAAACAACCCUCUAUGAACUUAAGUGCUCAAAGCAACCAGAAUUUACCCAGCAGUUGCAUUUAGAAGUGUCCUCCAACAUAAAAGCAGCACCAAGCAAAACUGAAUUGUGCAUACAGUCUGUGAAGUCAGGAGGUGAAGAACUGGGUGAUGAAGAGCUAACAUUAACUAGAGAUAUUUCCAACACAGAGAACCAAGUCAGUGAAGAGGGCAUUAUAUCACAGACAAAUAGAAAAUUUGUAACCAUAUUGCAAAAUAAAGUGGAGUUUGAAAGCAGUGAAGCACAGCCCUGUACUAACUCAGUACCUACAGAAGAUGAUGUUACAAGACAGAAGGAACAUCCUGCAGUAUUAAGCGUUGCUUGUUUCAGAGCAAACUCAGAAAGUUGUUUGAUUUUUCCUGAGGUAACGCAAUUUUCCUUCCGGUCAGAUGCAGCAUCAAGCUGUAGUUUGCCAAAUCUUCUUUUUGAAACAAACGGACCUAACAGUAAAAGUUACACUGAGACAUCUGGCUGUAAGUGUGAAUUAGAUUCUAUGUCCGGUAUAAAAUGCAGCAGGAGAAACUCAGUUGACAGUGAGGAAACUACAGGUAAAAGGAUAAAACAUGGAAGUACAGAGACCAUGUUGACAUCAGAUUCAUUCUUUUACCAGAGUUGCUUCAAACCAGAAUUUCAGCCACCACUCACAAGGUCAGAGAUUACGGAAAGUAAAACAUGGCAUAGUGUACCUGAAAAUAUCAGUGCUCAAAGCAAGACAGAAUAUGUGGGGAACUGUAUUCAUCUGGCAGACAAAUUUAGACGGUCAUGUUCCAGAAUACAUCUUCAAGGGCUGGAUUUUGAAUACACUUGGAAAAACUUAGGAAGGGUACCUGUAAGGCCUGAAAAGGCAGUAAAAAUAGAGGGCAAAUUUGGCGUUCAAAGUUCUCUUCUUAAUACUGACAUAGACUCAAUUGAGUGUCAGCUUUCUCAACCAGCAGGCUCUUCCCAAUGCAUUGAUUAUUAUUUGCACUCUAAAUCAGAGACAUGUGGCCUUAGCCCAGAAGCAGCAGGUACAGGUGCUGAUAGCUUAUCUUUCAUGCAGAUUGAUGCUUGUGAGUGUAAUCCAAAACAAAGGGAGACUUCAUUUGCCCUGAACUGUGAGCCAGUGAUCAUAAAUACUGAACAACUUAUAAAAAGUGACCGGUACAAAGUUGAAAGAGAUCUGGAAGCAGACAAAUUCCCUUGUGAUACUGAUAUUGAAUCUGGCAUUGCUGACACUGAGAACCUAGCAGCUUGUCAUGUAGGUUCUCCUGGUGUUGUGGAAAAUGGAGAUUGUGAUUGUUCUGUAAACUGUGUUUCCACUGAUAGAAUACAGCAGAAAGGUUUGAAGGAGAAUGGCCUUGAAUCUGAACUGUUAGGUAUGGAGAUCAUGGUAGAGGAAAGAUGCGUAGAUGAUUCUUCUAACCUUGACUUUGGUUGGAAAGUCCUGGAAACUACAUUGCAACCAGGUGGCAGUAACACUGGGGCAGAGCACGAAGAGUCAAUGCAGCAAACCGCAAGUUGCAAAACUGGUGCCUUAAGGAAUGACUCUGAGCUAGUAACAAAUGAACAUCCUACUCAUAAAGGAAAGAAUGAAGACAGUGUCUUUGCUGUUGAAAUCAAUCCCAGAUCAGAUUAUAUAAGCCAGAGAAGGCAUUUAAUGACUCUUCCAGAGUUAAAGCCUGCCCUAAUCAUACUAUCUGUAGAGCAGAAAGGAUUACAGUCCAAGACACUGAAUGAUAACCUUCCUACUGAAGUGGUAACUGGAACAUUGAGAGAUGUAGUGAGCAAGGAUUUGAUGUCUUCUCAUACUGUCAGCAAAGCUUAUGAUGAGCCAGAGAGAGUUCUGAGUGAAAGCUGUAGCUGUGAAGUACAAAUUCUGGCCACACACCCUAUUCCUUGUAACGCAGAGGUACUCCCUGGUAGGGAUACAGCUGAACUAAAAACAGAAGUUUCACAAGAGAAAACAGAUAAAACAGUUGCAGUUUCAUCCUUAGGGUUCACCUGUAGUAAUUCCACAGUAACAAGUGAAAAAGUGGAAAUCAGGAGUGUUACUGUACCACUGGGCGAUGAUAUACUUACUGCAGAAAGUCAGGCAGAUCCAUGUGAAGAAGCGUUUGUAAAAUCACAUAGCAGAAGUGAUGUUAUGAUCUCUGAGAAAGAGCCCUGCAGAACAAAGACUGGUUUUGAAUUAGAGACAGAACAGUUCAGAAAGUCAUGGGCUGAAACAAGAGAUGACCAGGUAUCUAAGGAAAAGGAAUUCAUAGCACAUCAAGGUAGAGAGGAAGCCUUCUAUAUAACUGAUGCAGUAACACUGGAAACAUGCAGUGUAAGUAAUCUGUGUCAGGGAGAUGGUGCUGAUGUUGAUCUUCAAGAGCCCAUCAUAACCUCUGAACAAGCGGUAGGCAGGCAAGGAAGUGGUUCGAAGGAACAGCUAGGUACUUGUGAAGAACCUUCUCCUAGCGAGGGAAAGGAGAGCUCUCCUGCAGAAGACACAGCUAGCUGUAGCAAAGACAGUACACUGAAUCUAGAUGUGUCUGAUGUAUUUAACGAUUCUGUGAAAAGGGAGACCCAUAACACCUGCAUGCUGGGUCUAGAUAAUAUAAGUACCUGCAGCAUUAACAGUGAGGAAAUGGAUGAGAACUCAUUCCACAUCCUGGGAAGUAACAGCAGUCUCUAUAAAGCUGUGCAAAAGCCAACAAAGAAUGGGAACAGUGGGAAAGCUUCCAGGUUUUUAGUAUUCUCAAAAAUGACAUCUUUCAGGAAAACUAAGCCUGCCACAGCAGAAAAUCAGGGGAGUAGCAGCUUCUUUGGCAGCAAGGCAAAGAUGGAAGAACUGGAUGCUGGGAAAGAGGAUGAGGACACUGAAAGUUUACAGUCUUUCAAAAGUUGUUCGUCUGGUUCAGCCUUCCACAGGAAAGAAAGCUAUGCCUCUGAGUACUCUGAUGAUGAUGAUUUAUUCUAUGAGAGACCUGCAGGAUUAUUCAACAGAAUGAGUCUGAGGAAGGCUUCUGGCUCUGGUCGGAUACUGAUGGAAGAUACAGAUACAAAUUCAACUUCUCCCACACUGUCUGCUGUCAAAUAUGCAGAUCGACAGGUUUCAGGUUCAUCUGAAAACAAUGACAGUGAACCUGUGGAAUACUCUGGGAUUAGAAAAUCAUUCCCUGAAAAUGAAUACAAAAGAAACAAAAACCCUGAGGGUAAGAAGUUCAGGACAAGGUUGGCCUUGGCACACAAAUCCCUCUCAAGCUUUUUUGAAUCCAAAUCUCCAGAAAAGGAAAAUACUGAGCAAAGCUCAAGAGUAUCACUGAAAAAUGAAAAGGAGAAAGCCAAACUUCGCCAGAGCGCCUGGAAAGCUUUUCUAAAAAGCAAGGAGGCAGAUGGACUAAAAAGGCCUGUCUUAGCAAGUUUAUCACCAACACAGGAUAGUCUUAAUGCAACUGGUGGCCAUGUAAUGAGAACAGCAUCAGUAGAGCGACAGGACAGUUCCAAUGGACACACAUUUUUUAAAACAGAAACAGCUAAUGGCUCCUCAGCAGAUUGCAACUAUUUUGAUGCCUCUGUGGAGCCUGUUGUUGUCUCUUCUUCACCUGCAGGUAUGUGGAGAAAACGAAUACAGUCCCAUGACUUGGGCAUCAGAUACUCACAGAGUUCAGACUGUGACGAACAACAGGAGGCUCUGAGCAACUGUUUAAAUACUUCUCUAGAGGAAUACUGGAUGAAAUCUCCAUUUAGCCCCACUGACUUGCAGUUACCAUUUAGUCAGUCAAGUCCAUCAUGUCCCCAGCUCUCAAAUUCUGAUGGGAAAGACAUGCCUUGUAGGCCCAUGAGUCCUAAACCGCAGAGUCCACGAUCCACUUCUCAACACAAGAGCUUCCGUUAUCCUGGGAGAAUAUGUGCCACAUCGAUGAUCUCUCUUGGGAACAGCUCUGCAGUUGAAAGCAAUUUGGAGGCUCCUGAGAGACCAAAGACACUGAAACCCAGAGGUAGUCUCUUACUUUCUGUACACUCGUUGGACAAUGACUACCAGAGGGAUGACAGUGGCAUAAGCAGUCAAUCCCAGAUCAGCUUAAACACAGCUUCUUCCAUUAGUGACAUGUUCCGAGAUGAGGAGUCUAAACAGCAAUGUCAAACACCACCUGAAAAGAGGCCAAAUGAGAAAUGGGUUCCCCAUCGCAAAAGGAGGCCCCCCCAGGUUCCACCAUCCCCACGCCCUAUCUCCACCCUUGAGAACAAAGCCUGGAGGCUUUCCUUCCUUGCUCCAGAUGAAAAAGCCAAGGAGAUUCGAGAGAGGAGGAGGAAGAGACCUAAACCCCUCUAUAGGUGCUUCAGCUUCGAUGAUGUUUGGAUGGAGAGGAACCAAAAAAGGAAGCUAGAGAAGGAGACACAGUCAGAGAGAGUGAUUCAAUUGCAACACCUCCCAGAGGACCAGUUAAAAGCUGCAGUAAGUUCAUCCAUCACAUCUGCUAUUGCCUUUGACAUCCUACCACUGAAACUGCAUCCAUUUUCCCAGAGCACUCCAACAGGCUUAGACUGCGUGGGCUGGAAACGGCGCAUCUCCUCUCCUGUGAUAGCUGAUGGGUCACUGGAUAAGACAGCUCUAACAGACGAUGUGGGAAGUGAGGAGGACCUGUAUGAGGACUUUCGGAGCUCCAGCCACCGCUAUGGCCACCCUGGGGGAGGCGGAGAGCAGCUUGCCAUCAAUGAGCUCAUCAGUGAUGGCAGCGUGGUGUAUGCAGAAGCACUCUGGGACCAUGUCACGAUGGAUGACCAAGAGCUGGGAUUCAAGGCCGGAGAUGUCAUUGAAGUAAUGGAUGCCACCAACAAGGAGUGGUGGUGGGGGAGGAUUCUGGACAGCGAAGGCUGGUUUCCAGCUAGCUUUGUACGGGUAAGACCCUUUCAGCAAACAGAGUUUCAGAUAUACUCUGAGUACUGCAACAACCACCCCAAUGCCUGCAUGGAGCUGUCCCGCCUCACCAAAGUUAACAAGUACGUCUACUUCUUCGAAGCCUGCCGCCUGCUGCAGAAAAUGAUUGAUAUCUCUCUGGAUGGGUUUCUGCUGACUCCCGUGCAGAAAAUCUGCAAAUAUCCACUGCAACUGGCUGAACUGCUCAAAUACACCAACCCCCAGCACAGGGAUUUUAAAGAUGUCGAAGCUGCCUUAAAUGCCAUGAAGAACGUUGCUCGGCUCAUCAAUGAGCGAAAGCGGCGGCUGGAGAACAUCGACAAAAUUGCUCAGUGGCAGAGUUCAAUAGAAGACUGGGAGGGUGAAGAUGUCCUAGUCAGAAGCUCAGAACUCAUCUAUUCUGGGGAAUUAGCCAAGAUCUCCCACCCUCAAGCCAAGAGCCAACAGCGGAUGUUCUUCCUCUUUGAUCACCAGCUUGUCUGCUGCAAGAAGGACCUUCUGCGCCGGGACAUCUUGUAUUAUAAGAGCCGGAUCAACAUGGAUGAUAUGGAAAUACUGGAUGUAGAAGAUGGAAAAGACAAGGACUUCAAUAUCAGUGUGAAAAAUGCAUUUAAGUUGCACUGCCGAGACACUGAGGAAGUCCACAUAUUCUGUGCAAAAAAGCCUGAGCAGAAACAGCGCUGGCUGAAGGCAUUUGAGAAUGAAAGGAGACAGGUUCAGCUCGACCAAGAGACAGGUUUUUCAAUCACAGAGGUGCAGAAAAAGCAGGCGAUGCUGAAUGCCAGCAAGCAGCACCAUACUGGGAAGCCUAAGGCUGUCACCAGGCCAUACUAUGACUUUCUGAUGCGUCAGAAGCAUCCCACCCUGCCUACUACGCUCCCUCAGCAGCAAGUCUUCAUGCUGGCAGAGCCCAAGCGCAAGCCCUCGAACUUCUGGCAGAACAUCAGCAGGCUGACGCCCUUCCGGAAAUAAGGGCAGCCCCGUGUUUGUGCCUCAACCCCUUCUGAGAAAAAGCACUUUAACCGUCAGUCCUGGGAGGUGGAGCCCAGGUUCUUCCAAUCCUUUGUUUACAGAGGAUGGCACAUGUGCUCCUGCCUUCCCUAUUUAUUUUGCAGACCAACUGACCACCCUGGCUCUGAGGUGACACGGGGUGUGUGCUUGCACACACGUGUGCAUUUGUGCCAGUCCCAUCGAGCCAGCCUUGCACAGUGCCCAAGAGGCAAACUUCCACGAAGAGAUCACAGGAGGGAGCCUGACAUGUUUCACCUGAAAAGAUUCUGCUCAUCAGCUGUACUUGGCCUCGCUCCUUCCCGCUGCGGACACUCCUGCUGCCUGGCAGCUGUCAGAGAGGGGAGGGCAGUCGAUACACCUGCCAGCUCCGUGCCCACUGACAUGCUCAGUCACUGACAGAACACAUUUUCCAUUGAGGGAUAAACCCUUCUGCUCUCUGUCCACCCCCACUCCCCACAUUUCUCAGAGACAUGAUCCUCCUACACAUGUCUAACUAAUUUGGUUAGCCUUUGCAGGCACUCAGACAAGACAACAGUGAGUAUUGCACUGUGACCUUUUCCUUUCCUUUAGGUUCAACACCACUGAUGAACUAUAGAGUAUGUUAAACUGUGCCAAUCAACCUGCAGCAUGAGUAAAGUUCAAGAAUCUCUAUAGUGGGUUUGAGUUACAUAAGUUAGAGAAAAAUGUGCCUAAUUAAUACUGUACUCAAUUCCUUAGAUUCUCGUCUCCAUCAUUCUGCCAUAUUUCCUGGCCAAUGAAAAUGCUCAUUGUUUGUAAUGUGUUUAUUUAUGGUAAAAAUCAGAACUGUGUAUUUUGUAAGUCUGUAAUUGUUCUUGUCAGAUGUUGUUAACUUGAUGCUUGUUUUGUCUGUUUUAUUUUUUUUAUUAAGAAAGGUCAAUAUUUACAAACCUAGCUCCCAGAAGUCAGAGUCUACAGUUCAACCCUAAAGACUAAAACCAUGAUUGUUAUGCAAACUCCCACAGACCCUCAAAGCAAGGGGUAUCACUACAGGUUUUUGACACCUUUAAAAAAAUGGAAAGCCACUUUAAAGAGGCCUAAAUUUGGCAUUAAGAGCCUCACUUCAAGUACCCAAGUUUCAAACUGUGGCCAAAAAAAUUAAUUUAAACCUUGGUUAUCAAAAAGAAAGAUUUGCCUUACCAUAGCGAGAGUUAGAAGCCAUACUGACUGAAUUCCCUAGCUUAGGAAACAUCCUGUGACAUUGGAAGACACUCACCUGCUCAUUCCAACACUACACUAGUGUGAGUGAGCACUGUCUGCAGAGCUCAGAAAUCCAGUGUUUGCUGAUGCUGUAGCUGACCAAAGUUUGGUCAUCCAGGGAUAUCUGAAUUCAGUAGCAUGUACAAAGUCAUUCUUGCACUAUUAUCUUCCCCCCAGACCAGGGGCAACAUUUAAUUUCAUAAAGAAACUUGUAAAAGUGA